AUGCUCUCAGGACAAGCAAGCAGAACAAGCCAAGCUGGAGAGUCAUGUGAACAGCGCAUUGCAGAGCUCCGUAAAGAAGGCCAGUGGUCAGCUAGCCGCUUACCCAAGCUGCAGGAGGCCUGCAGGCCCAAAUCCCACUGGGAUACCUGCUGGAGGAGAUGCAGUGGAUGGCGGCUGACUUUGCCCAGGAAAGGCGCUGGAAGAUGGCUGCUGCCAAGAAGCUUGUGCGCACAUGUGCACGUUACCAUGUUGAACAGAAGAAGAUGGAGGAACGUGAGGAAGAGGGAGGAGGAGAUGAGGCUGCGGCACAUUGCCAGCACCAUCGCCCGCGGGGUUGACUACUUCUGGUCCAAUAUUGAACAGGUUGUAGAAAUCAAGCUGCGUUUUGAGAUCUAUGACAAACGACAAAAAGUUCUUGGCUUGCAGAAGGCUGUGAGUAAAGGCCAGUGUGCUAAAGUGACCCAGUCCACUGGAGAGAAGUCUGAUAAAGAGAGUAAGGGGCAAGAGACUGGCAUAUCCCGCAAGAGAAAGUCAAGCACCUCGCUGUCGGAUGUAGAGGUACAUAUUGAAGAUGAGGAAAGUACAAUAGAGGAUCAGGAAGCUGUGGAGGUGGCAGCUGAUCAGAAAGCAGAGCUGGCCGAACUAACAAAGGAAGGAAAGUAG